UAAAGCCCAACUCCCUCGAGCUACGGACGAGCCACAACUCCAACGGCCGGCGUCCCCACUUCGACGGCGCCGCCGCACCGGCACACCUCUUCCGCGGCCCCUCCGGCCCUCCCCUCACCAGUCCUAGAAGCCCCGUUUCCAGUCUCGUGCGUGGAUCUCAACGAAUACAGGAAAGAAAGAGCACAUGGAAGUCCCCACCACCGGGGAGAGGAGGGGCGGCGACCGCAUCGGCGCCCUUCCGGACGGCGUCCUCGAGGACAUCCUCGGCUUCCUGCCAGCCCAGGAUGCCGUACGGACCUGCGUGCUGGCCCGGCGCUGGCGCCACCUCUGGAAGUCCGCCAAGGCCCUCCGCGUCGUCGGUGGAGACGGCAAGUUCCCGUGGUCCGUGAAGGAGCUCCGGGAGUUCGUGGACUACCUGCUUCUCUCCCGCGGAGGCGCACCUCUCGACACCUUCGAGCUUAAUUUCAGGGGGUUCAGCGAUGAAGAAUUGCCCAGCUUGAACAUCUGGUUGCGUUAUGCUGUGACGUGCAAAGCCCGGGUUCUCAGGCUCCGCUUGCGCAAUAACUUUGAGGUUGAGGGUUUCCACGACUUGCCUAAGCUAGACGGCUUGCCUCUCGUCUCCAAGCAUCUUACAAGGCUAGAGCUUCACGGUGUUGAGGUCUACACCAGUUUCCCCAAUUUCUCAAGCUGCCCGGUCUUGGAACAUCUAGAGUUCAACAAAUGUGAAUUCUCGUUGGUCAAGAAGAUUUUGUCCGAUUCAAUUAAACAUCUGAACAUCACUGAGUCCAUUUCUGGGUUUUAUGAUUCUUUCCGCACUCGUAUUUGUGCUCCGAAUCUGGUCUCACUGCAUUUAGAUGAAGUUUAUGGGUGGACUCCUGUGCUUGAGACCAUGGCAUCAUUAGUGGAAGCAUUUGUCAGAAUACCUGAGUUAUGUUUGGACCAGUGCGAACAAUGGCAUGCAAACUAUUGGGAUUGUGAUUGCAAGUCUUGUGACAAACAUGAUAACAGUGCCAAUGGUCAUGACAGUUGUGUGCUACUAAAAGGUUUAUCAGAAGCUAAGAAAUUGACAUUGUUUUCUUAUCCUUUAAUGGUAUACCUGGACUCUUCUCUUUUACCUUUGUUAUAUUCAUCUCAUUAUAUCUCCUGCAUUAUCUAUAUUGUUGUAGAUUAUUGAGAAAUGUCACCUAGACUGGCCUUUGCUUUUGUGCUUGCGUUGCCAACAGCUAGUAUUUUUAUGGCUUUUAAUUGUCAUGCUAGUAUUUCAUCUUUUCUGCUUGCACUUUGUCCAGUAUAUUUUCAAAAGGGACUUGAGAUGCUGCCCAACGUUUAGCAAGUUGAAGACUUUGUUGCUCAACAAAUACUGGCCUGAGCCUGAUAGUUUACAUGCACUUGCAUGUAUUCUUGAACAUUCUCCAGUUCUGGAGAAGCUCACUCUUCAGCUAUUUUUGGAGGUACCUAAAUAUGCAGAGGAAAUGAAAGGAAGCCCUGAUCCGGAAGAGUUAUCAGCUGCUAUAUCAGAGUAUGAGUUCUUCCGCUGCCUGAUCUUGGUCUUGAAACUGCAUGAUGAGGGUGCGCAGUUUCUUUACUUGAGAGAUCUGUUCAACCACAGUAGGACUCAUAAGUUCAAUGUACAUGUGUCUAAUGGUCUUGGGUACUGUCCCAGAAAAUUUUCUGUCAAUUCUGAUACAUUCAUUUACUGAAGCAGAACGUGCCAACUCAUGAAGAAGAUCAUGCAUGACAUAUUUUUCUUCAUAAUAUUCAUCAAAUAAGUUGCAUUUUAUA